AUGCAUAAAUUUACUAUUAUUUUAUUGGCUGUUACCUUGGCAGAAACCAAAAAGCCAUACACCAAAAGGCAACAGGCAAUAUGGAGGCUCGAAUGUAACUUGGGUGUCAUCAACGACGUGGACUGCCCUGUCGAUGGAGGCUGGGCUCCUUGGAGCUCGUGGUCUCCCUGCCAAGGAUCUUGUGAUGAUCUAGGACACAGCAAAAGAACAAGAAAAUGCAUCAAUCCGAUACCGUCCAAGGAUGGCCUGCCUUGUAGUGGCCCUGAUGAACAAACUAAACCCUGUUAUUUAACUUAUUGCUCCGUAGAAGAUUUCCGUAAGUUAGCCCUACGUGAUGUAACGCGAACAGAAGCCUUCCACCAGCUAGAAGCCAUCCCUGCUCUAAUGGAGCGUUGCCUGCAAAUGGAAUGCCCUUUCGAGGCAGUAGAAGUAGCUCUUACUAAGGAAAAUACUUGGCAGUUAACGUCUGAAGCUGUUUGGAAUGCACUGCAAUGUGUUAAACAUAAUAUAGGCUGUCUUGUCUUAGGAGAAUGGGGCAAUUGGGGAGCGUGGUCGGCGUGCGGUGCCCAGUGUGGAAAAGGUCACCGUUGGAGACUCAGACGUUGUGAUAACCCGCCUCCGUCAGCCGCGCAUUUGAUUUGUUCUGGCUGUCCAUUGCAAGCGGAGGAAUGUGAAGGAGAUCGCUGUGCAGUCGAUCCAGUAAAUGAAACUAUUGGCACGUGGGGCAUAUGGGGACAAUGGUCUACUUGUUCUGAAAAAUGCGGCACCGGCGUAAGGCGUCGAAAAAGAACCUGCAAUGAGAAACAAGCGUCUGAAACAUUUGGGACAUGGGGAACCCACUGCAGAGGACCACAUGAUCAACUAGAGACCUGUCACAAUGUGGAAUGUACACAAGAUGGAGGAUGGUCUGGUUGGAGUUCAUGGGGUCCAUGUUCACAAACUUGCGGGGCUGGAAAAAGAUCUAGAACAAGAUCUUGUACGAGACCUAUUCCUUCUGGCGGUGGAAAUGACUGUAUGGGAUUGAGAACUGAGACUGGGCCUUGCAAUUUAGUUCCCUGUGAAGUAUUUUUGCAUUCUGUUGCAGUGUUGAACGGAGAAUCGUUUGUUCAGUAUAAUUUUGAAAAUAUGCAAUCCUCAUUGUUUCACUUCUACAUAAGAUUUAUGCCACUAUCACCGCAUGGGACUUUGGUGCGCAGAGGAGUUGCUCAGAGUCCCCUAGUUCGACUUAGUCUGCAGAAGUGGCAUGUUUGUUUGGACGCUAGCGGAUCAUCUCCGACAUGCGGACUACCACGCUUGUGUUCGGCUACAGCGAUAGAACCAGCAAAUUGGCACUCAGCCCUCAUUUCUAUCACAAGCGAAGCUGCCACUCUAAGAUUAGAUGACGACCAAAUAACUAUAAAAAGUACAUUUCCUUGCGAUCCAGAAUUAUCCGCUGAAACAAUGCAUAUCGUUGUUGGUGAAAAAUUUCAUGGUGAAAUACAGGACAUCAUUCUGAACUUUAUUCCGUUGAACAUGAUGAUUGAAAGAGAUCGCAGAGGAAAACGAUUUGAGUUUUGUCCUAGUUCAGUUUCAAAUAUAGCAUACCAGAAUUCAAAUCAGGAAGAAGCAUAUUUGAAAUUGAGCGAUCAGUACAUGCGCAUACCUUGUUUUAACAACCAAUACGAGUGGCUUAUAGAACUUACUGUCAAACCCACAAAUGAUGAUGGAACAGUUUUAUUUUUAUUUGAUGGGUGGAUAAAAAGCUGGUUGAGUGUAGCGUUACAAAAUUGCAGAAUUAAAAUGAAGUUAGCAUUUGGCGAUUAUCGCUCCGAAACCAGUAGUUCUGAUGAGUGUCCCUUUGACCAGUGGUUGGAUAUGGCUAUUUCGAAGAAAAAGGAUUCUAAUACAAUAGAAAUUUCGAUAAAUUCAGGCGAGAAUCUCCAUGUCUCCCUGAUAGAAGAAAAUGUGAAGCGUCGACGAUCCUCGCGAAAAUUCUUUCUAGUAAAUAAGGAUGCUGGUAUAAAGAGGCAACUUGUGACGACAGAAAGCAGUUCACCCAUUCCAUUGCCUAUUUGUGGAGAUGAGUUUUACGUAGGUGGAAUACCCAGAGAUAUAAAAAACAUUUUGAAGGAAGACUUUACAUCUUUUACCGGUACAAUAGCAUCUUUAAAGAUAAAUGGAGCACUUCAAGAUUUACAUAGUUUUAAUAGGGAGCGGUACAAAGAUGACAAAUUGCAAGUGUCGUCAAGGACUGCAAGUAUUUCUGGUUCCUACCAUGAAGUAGCGUGGGGGGAAUCGAAUUGUUUGAACUUGACCUGUCUCCACACUAGAACUGUGCGAUCUCCACGCAGUGCUCACUGGUUAUUCUUGGAUACAACUAUUCACAGCGCUUUCAAAGGAAAGACUUUACGUUCUUUGGAUGAUGGAAGAGUACUCAGACUUGUGGCUACAGCCAACAACGAUUUAAGGGGAUUUUAUACUUGCCGAGCGCACUCAAACAGAAAUACUAGAAAUAUUGUGACUUAUGGCGUUCUUGGAAAAUUAAAAUACAAUUUGUCGGGUCCAGACACCACUACUGUGGUAGCAGUUUUUACUACAGUUGUUCUGAUAAUUGUAACUUUGGGCUGGCUCUUCGUAGAAGGCCUUAAUGAUCUUCGCACAGGUUACGGCUUUUACCGUGACGCACAUUUUUCACCUGAAGAGGAGGCAGAAGCAGUUUGCAAGUAUAUUGAUGAUAAUAUCGAUUUGUAUAGUAGUAAAAACGACGCGAAGGUGGCAAAGGCCCGGGCUCGGCUCAGGGGCAGACGGUUAGCGAGCCGUGCAAAUUUCGCUGCGCAGGAGCCUCAGGGGAUGGAGGGAGACGAUUAUGAUGAUACGGCGCGCAUCGACGACUUGUCUAACCCCAAGACCGAAUUGCCUGCUUUGAAGGAGAUAAAAAGUCCUAUGGAAAGUUCCCCAGAAUUGUCGAAACAUGAUGAAAGUGUUACCAGCUCUCCUCGCCCUUGUUCUAUUCUAACAUCACGUAAAAUGACAUCAUGCUCGUCAUUCGAAGGUACGUCCCCACGAGUCCUUUGUUCGCGUCUUUUUCUGUCCAGACGUGUUUAUUCUUCGAAGGAAAGUCUUUUCUCUCGUAAAAGCGCAUUGGGUCGUGCUAACACUGCACGUAGGCCAAGUCCCAAGCUGCCGACCAUUACAUCGCCCCGAAGUUUUAAUCUAUCCCCAGCACAAAAAGUACUGCAGAAAUUUCAACAACUGAAAAACUAUGAUCCUUAGUAUGAAAUGCUACCACGAGCACUGCACCUUUUAUAUUGUUAUCAACUUCUAUACAGAUAGUAUAUAUGUAUAUAUAUAUU